CAAGCCUUCAUUGAGCCAAGUCAAAUUAUGUGUGUUUUUCCAGAAGGUAGUGAAACUUGUUUGCCUGAGAUUGCAUUAUGUUUGGUUCCAAAGUCCACAGAAUGACACUUUGUGAAGAUCUACAACAAACUGCAUGGCCCUCAGCAAAGUAUUUAAGGUGGUGCAACUGGCCCUGUAGGACCUCAUCAACAUCUCAAUAACUAAAACAUAACUGAAAAUGGCGCACGCUGAUUAACCUUCAUAUUAUGUCAUCCAUUUUGUUAUGGGCAACAUUGAAUUGAAUGAAUCUGUUCAACACAAUCAAAUAAUCCUAAAGCAGUGAAAUGUUUUAAUUUUGCCCUUCACAGAGAACAAAUAUAAGAGCAUUUAUUUAAAACUCUAUAUUUAAUAACAGCUGUUGAACAUAUUUCCUUUCAAAUAAAUAUUUGAAUUUCAAAAAAACUUCAACAAAUUUGAUGUAACCAUUUUCAGUAAUAAAAUAUAUUUUUUCCAGUUCAUAAAGGUGGCCAUAAAACAUUAAAUGCAACAUUAACUUUGUAUACAAAGUGUGCACAGACAUUCUGUAACACAGCUUUGGGUGAACACACUCCAUCUAAGUUCAGGACUCCAAAGGAGUAAACGACACUUCCACUUUCUCUAAGAAAAAUAAGUUAUCCAGUAUUUCAAGUACAUUAAAAACUGAAAUGGGUUAAAUUGACAGGCAACAUAUUAAGAGGGUUAAAACAAAUGGUAAGCCCUGCCCAACAUUUCAGUGUUCAAUUCUGUGAAGAACUCAUGCCUGCCAGUACAAUAAAUUUGUUUUGUUGUAUAUUUCAAUGAAUAUGGGUAAGGUAUACAAAGUUUCUUGAUAAAUAUUAUUUAUUUUACCGAACUUAUCCAUUUAUUAUCCAACAUACAUCAUAGCAUAAAUCAAAACGCAGCUAAAAAGGAAUUUAUAAUAUAGAUUAUGUGUAACAUAUAACUGUAUAAUAGUAUAUUUCUGCAUAGCCACAGUAUGCCUUUGACAUGUGUGUAUAUGACUGUAUUGUCCACAGUUCAAGUGUGCGUAAUGGGAGAGUAGGUUGGAGAUAACAGAGGCGAGGAAGAGGGGGGUCAGCGAACGCAAAUGUCUUCCUCGAUCAGAUUACAGCACACUCUGACUUCCCUACGCAUUUGAGCAUUGUCAACAAAUUGCAGAACCUUUGCUUUCCACAUUGUCUCUGUAAAGGUCCCUGUCUAUCUCUCUUGGCUAUCUGUGACUCUCUCAACCAGCCAGAGUGUGACCAUGUUGUGCUUCUACCUUGCAGAGCCCUGAAGCCCAGUAUAAAUAAGACUCCGGGGGCACACGAAGAGUCACAACGCUCUCCAACGCCAAAAGGGUGAAGCGACACACGGCGCUUGCUCCGAAAGAAGCCCAGAGAAUCGCCACUGAAUCUCUUUGUGAUCCAGACUUCUCUUCUGCACGAUUUCAGCCCGCGCCGAGAUGUGGAAAGCAGUGCUGCUGGCCGUUUGCCUGUUGGUGUCCAGCGUGCAGGCCUUGGAGGGGAACCCCACGUAUGGGGUCAAGCUGUGUGGCCGCGAGUUCAUACGAGCAGUCAUAUUCACCUGCGGGGGUUCACGGUGGAGACGGGCAGUGAGGGGUGCAAGUGACCUUCCGCAGGACCCUUUCUCAACCCAUGAUGACGAGGCCUCUGACAGCUGGAGCACAGACUCCAUCCCUGGACUUUCCUACCCGCAGCUGCCCGAGAUGGAGGCCCCAGGUUGGGCCAGAGACGGGCGCGAGGGGGCCUUGCUCAGCCGGUCGGCGCGUUCCCUCAUGUCUGAGGAGGUGCUGGAGGCCCUGCGGACCUCGGACAGGAAAGGCCGUGACGUGGUGGUGGGGCUGUCCAACGCCUGCUGCAAGUGGGGCUGCAGCAAGAGUGAGAUCAGCUCGCUGUGCUGAGAAGAAGUCCCUUGCUCUCGCUCUCUCAUCCUUUCUUUCCUUCUGCCCGAUCCCUCCUGUCUUUGAGGAGCGACACACGCCCUCUGAGCAGAUAUAAAUAUUAUCUUCUCCCAUCUUGCUCUGCCUGUAUGAGGAAGGAAAUGAGCAUUCCAUUAGGAAGGAAGGUCUUGCUGUUAGUCCCCUCCCCCCAUGCUCUGGUGAGAACAAUGCUGAUACCACAGUAUGUUAAUUGUUGAUCAAAUUUUAAUAAAGCAGUUUUUUUGGGAAUUGUA